AUGCAGACCCCACUUGAGACCAGUCGAGGUGCUACCCUCGCCAUUGAAAACACCACAGGAAGACCAGGCCGCGUAUCCAGCUCGUCGACUGCUAUGAGGCCUUUAUCUGAUGCCACUCAGGUCGCAACUUCCUUUCUCUCUCAUGCUCGCAAGUCGAUGCGAGCGCCUGUAGACAACACGAGGCUCUCCGGUCAUAAGCGUCUUCGAGACGUCGAGGAUAUGGACAAGUUCGAGAAACUCGAGAUCAAGAAGGCCAUCCGACGCGAGCAGUGUCGAAACAACCAGGCACGCUACCGUGAUAGACAACGUGUUAUCCAACAGCGCAUGCAGCACGAGGUACAGCAGUUGCACGAGGAGCUGCAAGGAUUGAAGCUGAAGCGUCAACGUCUACACUUCGAGGAAAAGACCAACCGCAGUUCAUGGAGCAUCGUGAGCGACGUGUUUCGCCUACUUGAAACCGGUUUGCGCUCUCCGUGGCUUAUGGCGGAUACAGACGAGAUGAUGAAGCAUAGUGAGAUGCGGCAGAUUCUGACCGACCUACAGCGGUCGUUCGAGCACGACGUGGGUAUGGGGGCUCUGCAUGGCGUCGAAGCGCUACUUGAACAGCCACGACGUUACUCACUGUACUUUAGCGACCCCCACAUGCAUCUGCAACGAGUUGAGGAACAGGUUCCAGGCGUCGUGACGGCUACAGCCCGCCUCAAAUUGACGGUGUUGGACUUCACAAUACGCUGUGUGUUUCCUCACCUUGAGAAGCCGAAUAGCAUAGAUGAAGACGUGAAAGACAUAUAUCGGUCUCUGCGUAAGAAGCUGCUCGGUAUGCGGCUUGACUGCCGCGCUGAAAUGACGUUCUUAAUGAACGAGGAGAGUGGCCGCGUGAGUCGUUUGGAGGUCGGUAUCGACGUGGCUGAGUCGCUGCUUCAGUUGUUAAGGGAUAUAACUGAUGCGUCGAACGUACUCAAUAACGCGCUAAUCACGCAAGGCUGCGUCGUAGGCGAUUUAACAGACCACCCGCAGUUUGGGAGCUUUGUUGUCAAAAAAUAGUU